AUAAUUCAAUGUGACACAAUGCCGGUGUAGCAUUUUGAUGUUUGACAGUAGCUAGCUACCAUAGCUGUGUAGGUCGUCUAUGGUCACGUUAGAUCUCUGUGUAGAAAGCUUUAGUAAACAUUUUCUGAUGCGACGUAUACCUAAUUCACCUGACAGUGAAUCGACGAGGAGAAUCAUAUUAAAUUAUAUUUAGAUCAAAAUUGAAGGUCGUGACUCGUGUUAUCUAGAAAAGCAUCAUAGCUUGGCUAACUAGCUUAGCAGGCAGCCAUCUAAAUGAAUUGAGUUGACCCCCCAAGGAGGAAAAUAUGCAUUUGGCAGAUUUCGUUGCUGGUUCCAUUGGAGGAGCCUUUGGAGUGGCUGUGGGGUAUCCUUUGGACACAGUGAAGGUGAGAAUACAGACACAAAGGAGAUUCACAGGAGUUUGGCAAUGUAUUCAUACUACAUGGAAGACAGAAGGGGUGAAUGGAUUCUACAGGGGCAUGUCCAUGCCAGUCACCACUGUGUCCAUCAGCUCCUCUGUAGUGUUUGGUGUCUACAGGAAUGUCCUGCAGUGUUUACAUCAACUACGAUCCACCUCCACAGGUUUGGAUUUUCUGCCAGCCAAACUGGACUUCUUCUUGUCCGGGUUGUCAGGAGGUGUUGCCCAGGUAUCUGUAAUGGCACCAGCUGACAUAGUAAAAGUACGGAUGCAGUGUCAGAUGGUACACCAAGGCUUGGACGCUCAGCAACCCAAGUAUCGCGGCCCAAUGCACUGUCUGCUGACCAUCGCUCGUGAAGAGGGCUUCCUCGGACUGUACAAGGGAGCUGGUGCCCUCGCCCUGCGAGACGGCCCCUCUUUUGCCACCUACUUCACUAUUUACCACGUUAUCUGUGAGCAGCUAUCUCCACCUGAGAACACCCAGCCAGGUAAACACACAGCACCUGAGAACACCCAGCACCUGGGAACACCCAGCCAGGUAAACACACAGCACCUGGGAACACCCAGCCAGGUAAACACACAGCACCUGGGAACACCCAGCCAGGUAAACACACAGCACCUGGGAACACCCAGCCAGGUAAACACACAGCACCUGGGAACACCCAGCCAGGUAAACACACAGCACCUGGGAACACCCAGCCAGGUAGACACACAGCACCUGAGAACACCCAGCCAGGUAGACACACAGCACCUGAGAACACCCAGCCAGGUAAACACACAGCACCUGAGAACACCCAGCCAGGUAAACACACAGCACCUGAGAAUACCCAUCCAGGUAGACACACAGCACCUGAGAACACCCAGCCAGGUAGACACACAGCACCUGGGAACACCCAGCCAGGUAGACACAAAGCAACUGGGAACACCCAGCCAGGUAAACACACAGCACCUGGGAACACCCAGCCAGGUAAACAUACCUUCACUCUGUAAGAAUCUUCAGAAGCGUAUGCUUCUGUAUCUCGUAUGCUUCUGUCCUCUUAAGUGUACAUGGUUGCUUUUGCAAUUGGUCAUCAUGAUUCAGGAUAAUUUAGUGUUGAUUAUCUGGUGUCUCCCCCCCCCCCCCCCCAGAGUGGAAUGUGGUUCUGCUUGCUGGUGGACUGUCAGGGAUGUGUGGCUGGUGCAUAGGGACACCCAUGGACGUGAUCAAAUCCCGUCUGCAGGUGGACGGUAUGGGCAAGAGGAGAUACACAGGUUUCUUCCACUGCAUCGCACAGAGCAUACGCACUGAGGGGCCGGGUGUUCUCUUCAAAGGCCUGGGCCUCAAUUGCAUACGGGCCUUCCCUGUCAACAUGUCCGUGUUCGCCAUGUACGAGGUGGUUGUGCGCCUCCUCCGACCGAAAACUUGAAUUUAAAGGCUUGGGUUGUUCAAUAGGUGCCGAAUGGACUGAAAUAGGAACUACUGGUCCGAGAACAAAUUUGGACACGGUCUGCACUAAUGAAUCCAACCUUGUCUUUGAAGACUUGGGUGAUGGGAUUCUAUUUUAAUUGUUUCUCAUGCCAUUUUCCAUGACUAGAAUAACACUCAAUCCAUUGUUGUAUCAUUAUCAUUAUUCACCUUUGCCUCAGUUGCUAUGUGAUUUUUAUAUAGUGCCAUACUGCCCUAUAAGGGCAAACUACAAUUCCUCAGUAAGAUUUAUUUGAAAUAUUCCUGCAUAGUAUUUCAAGGGAAAAUAUGAAUUGAAAAUGAAUACUAAGCUAAAACAGUUUUAUGGUUGAGUUCUGAUUGUUUAGCAAUAGGGCCUAAUAGUACUACAGAAACCUACUUCCAUUAUUUUGACUUACCUACUUUUUACACAACAUUCCCUCACUGACCUUAGAACAUAACAGGGGUGUAUUUUACACCGCAGGAUCACUUGAUUUCAAUGGAUAGAACUGAAGCUGACGGACAAUGUGGCUUAGAAAAUAUGAAGUUUUUCCUGAAUACUGUAUUAAUGAAAGUUACUUGUUGAUCCUGCACAAAUAAUUAUCCCACUGUUCAUAUCGCUCCUGUCGGCAGCUCGGAAACAAGCGUCUUUGAAGUAGGGCCACCAUCCAGCAAACUGCAGUAUACUGGGGGUCGGUCAUCAGUAUUUAGGAAUUGAUUAACUUCUGCCACAGGCUUUCACCUCACCUUCAGUAUGAAAGUGAGCAAAGCCCGGGAGCUGAGGCUAGGAAUUUAUCAACUUUGCUCUGUUACUGUAGCCAAGCAGUAUCAAUUAUUUAUCCUUGACUUGGACAGUAUUUAAUGGUACUGUCUAAACUCCCAGUUCUCAAAAUACUGCAAGUCAUUCUCUGUAUACCACAUGUACUGAUGAUCCUGUACGUGUGAUUGUGUUUGAGAAAAAACAAAACUUCAAGUAGCGCAUCUGAUUUUGAUGUGAGUGAAACAUAUAAGGGAGUUUUAACACGCACAAACAUUUCAGCAGUGUAAAGUGAAAAAAUAAAAUAUAUUUAAUGACUGAAUAAAGAUUCACAAGACAGA